AAAUUUACAUAGAAAACAUAAAAAUGUACAAAGUAGCGAGUGCUUCCGAGUACCUAGUGAUCACCGGCGUGGGCAUCCCCGACAUCAAGAUCGCAAAGAAGGCAUGGGUGCUUCCGGGUCAGUCCUACGCCGUCUUCGACGUUUCUCCGGUCAACUACACCUUCGAGGUUCAGGCCAUGAGUGCCGAGAAGCUUCCCUUCGUCCUUCCCGCCGUCUUCACCAUCGGUCCUCGAAUCGACGACGACGACAGCCUCCUAAAGUACGCCAAGCUCAUCUCUCCUCACGACAAGCUCUCCAAACAUGUCAAGGAGCUCGUUCAGGGUAUCAUUGAGGGAGAGACUCGUGUCCUCGCCGCUUCCAUGACCAUGGAGGAGGUUUUCCGUGGAACCAAGGAGUUCAAGGAGGAGGUCUUCCAAAAGGUGCAAUUGGAGUUGAACCAGUUCGGACUAUUGAUCUACAAUGCCAAUGUCAAGCAAUUGGUGGAUGUCCCCGGGCACGAAUACUUCUCUUACCUAGGGCAAAAGACUCAGAUGGAAGCCGCCAACCAGGCCAGGGUCGACGUGGCGGAGGCCAGGAUGAAGGGUGAGAUAGGAUCCAAGCUGAGAGAAGGGCAGACAUUGCAGAACGCGGCUAAGAUCGAUGCAGAGACGAGGAUUGUAUCGACCCAGAGGCAGGGGGAUGGGAAGAAGGAAGAGAUAAGGGUGAAGACGGAGGUGAAGGUGUUCGAGAACCAAAGGGAGGCAGAGAUUGCAGAGGCUAAUUCCGAUUUGGCGAAGAAGAAGGCUAAGUGGGCUAGGGAGGCGCAGGUGGCGGAGGUGGAGGCGGCCAAGGCAGUGGCUCUGAGGGAUGCGGAGUUGCAGAGGGAGGUUGAGAUGAUGAAUGCCUUGACGAUGACUGAGAAGCUCAAGGCCGAGUUCUUGAGUAAGGCCAGCGUUGAAUACGAAACCAAGGUGCAACAAGCCAACUGGGAAUUGUACAAUAAACAGAAGGAAGCAGAGGCUGCUCUAUACGUGAAAGAGAGAGAAGCCGACGCCCAAAAAGCGACGGCCGAAGCAUCGCUGUUCUCCCGUCAGCAAGCGGCCGAAGCGGACUUCUACACGAAGAAGAAAGAGGCGGAAGGGCUGAUGGCGUUGGCCCAGGCUCAGGGGACGUAUCUACGAACCCUUCUCGACGCCCUCGGCGGGAACUACCAUGCGCUCCGCGAUUACCUCAUGAUCACUAACGGAAUGUUCGCCGACAUUGCUCGUAUUAACGCUAAUGCCGUCAAGGGUCUCCAGCCCAAGAUAAGUAUCUGGACAGGUGCCGGCGCCGGAUCUGACGCGUCGUCGGUCGGUGGAGGUGGCGCGAUGAAGGAAGUAGCGGGGGUUUAUCGAAUGUUGCCGCCUCUGUUUGAGACGGUUCAUGAGCAGACCGGUAUGCUGCCGCCCACAUGGAUGGGUACUAUGACGACAGACUCCUCCCGCAAACCCUAAACCACCCACUGCAAUAUCAUGAUUGCUAUAUAUAUAUAUAUGCUAUUCCAAUGUAUUUCAAAUAAAUGAAACCAAGACCCUAUGUUUUGUUUAAUGAAAACUCUGUAACAUGUGUAUGUUUUUA